AUGGCGAACGAAAAACACGGUCGCAAGUCGUUUCUGGGCGGAUUGCUGCAGCGCUCUCGCACCUCCGACGCGCAAACGACUCCCCCGAAGCACAGUCGAACCCACACUGCGCCCGAGACGCCGACGCUGUUGCGCCUGCCCUCGACGGCCUCCACGGUAGCCUCGACCGCGUCGCGAUCUCGACGCGCCACGCUGACGACUCCCGAGACGCCCACGGCCGCGCCCUCGACCUCCGCCGCCACGUCGCCCUCGUACUUCUCUCCCCAGCCCGCUGCGUCGACGAAGGAGGUGCGCUCGCCUGGCACACGCCGCCCGCCUGCCUCGCACAGCACCGGCUAUGACACGUCCCGCGGUCCGCCAGUCACGCUGAUCACCCGCGGCAACUCGGACAUUGCGCGCCGCCCGUCGCAGCAGCAGCAGCAGCAGCAGCAGCAGUCGCAGUCGCAGUCGCAGCAGCAGUCCAUGUCAGUGGGUCCGCACGGGUCGAGCCGCCGCAAGGACGAGCCCCCACAGACGAAGACACAAACACCGCAAACAAAGCCUGCGCCCAUGCGACGAGCUUCGACGAGCAGCGCCCGCCCUGCCCGACACAUGGCCCCGAGCCCCAGCCCCAGCCUGUCGUCGACCGACUCGUCCGACUACGACGCUGGCCCCGCCAGCCAGCCCAGAGACCGAGACACGACCAGACGCGCCGCGACACAGGCCCCACGCGCCCGUCCCCAGCACACCGAGGACCUCUUCAUGAACAUUGCCGAGGACAGUGCACCGCGCCAGCGCAUCGUCGACGCGGCGGCGCGCGAACGGCUCCGGUCGCGCAUCGCCCGCGUGAGCAACCGCUCGUCGUUCCCCUCGGGCCUCAACUCGCCCUCGCCCGUCCACUCCAACUCCAACUCGUCGACGCCGACGGCCAGCGUGAGCCGCAUCCCCUACGCAGACCCCAAGUCGGCCAGCCAGCCCCGCCGCGCCUCGCUCCUCCCCACCACCUCCAGACACUCGCCCGUCUCGUCCACCGCAACCCUCGAGACGCCCCGCACGCGCCUGCCCGAGCUCACGUCCAAAUCCUCAUUCUCCUCCAGAAAAGAUGCCCAGCUCUCGCCGCAAGAGUUCCUCGCCCAGUUCGGGAAGAAGACACCCUCCUACGCCGACGCGAACAACACCCCGCCCACCCGCUUAUCGGCAUAUCGUCCCUCAAACCUCAACUACUCGUCUGCACGUGACGAUCCCAAAACGCCCCAGGCCGACUCCUUUCCCGAGGGCGGCUCGCGCGCUGACGGCACCGAAUCGCACGGCUCCACGGGGCCCGCAACAUCCGUAUGGGACGAGCUGGACGAGCUGAAGACCAGAAUCCGCAGAAUUGAGUUGGUCGGCAAGAUCCCAUCCACGUCAGGCGCCGUCGUCUCCCAAGCCACUUCAGACCGUCCACGGACUGCAAACACAUCCGCCACGACAGUCUCAUCGUCACCCAACCAACCGCGCAAAUCUGCCCCUUCCUCAUCUGGCUCGACCAUCGACACCCAAACACCUAGUAGAACCCAUCCUUUGCUGCGAGAAGCGCUGGCAAAGGUCAGACAGCACACUUCGCCUGAUGUUUACCGUAGACUGGAAGCGAUAGCAGCAGAAGCGCUUGCCAUGGCGGAUUUGACCGGGAGCGCAGGUCCCCAAGGAACAUUAAACUCGACCAGCUCCGUUGUUGGCGGCGCUGUCGUGCCCGACCGUCAGAUUCGUCGCAAAGCGGACAAUAUCUGUCGCGGCUUGACGGAGCUUUGCAUAACCUUGUGCGACACCAAGUCAAGUCUGUCAAGCCCAGCUGUAAGAGCUUCAGCCAUCGCAGCAUCACGUCGGCCAAGUGUGCAAGUCAAUGGCGAGUCACCGCCUGUCCGACAAAGCAUCGAGCCCGAAUCCAACUCACUGCCAGGCGUCAGUCCGAGCAGAGCGCUUACGCGUAUUGAAGCCCGCAGGACCAGUAUGAUUGCUACCGGAAGUCUUCGAGAAUCCAGCCAAGACAGAGAUCGCGCAGACUCGCGCAGUUAUUCACGUCAACGGGCAGGCACAAGUCUCCACCGCGCUCGCCAAAGCGUCGAUGACGACGACGAGGACGACCCAACAAUACGAGCGCCUUCCCGCGCAAUGACAGACUUUAGGAACAUUCGAUCUGCCGAGAAGCCCACCACCACCACCAGCAGAUUUUCCAGCAGAAACUAUACAUCCCAGGAGCCAAUGCCCGGACUCCAGCCCUCCCCCGCGAUUCAACCUACCUCGGGUCUCCGUCGCCCGACUGUCACGGGCAGCACCAACGAAAACAGCCUGCUCUACAGAGACAGCACCAGACGCUACAACUUCGACCGCGAGGGCUCUCCCGCACACGAAAAGCAGAUGGCAGGCAACUUGCAGGCCAGGACGCAGUUCAGCAACCGAGCGAAUCUCAACCGCAAUUCCAUCGGGACGAUGAACGACAUUGGUCGCAGUGUGAGCCUGGGCGGGAGAAGACUGAGGGGCGCGAGCAUUGGCGAGUGA